GCAGUCUAUUUACACUUUACCUUGUAUCUCUGCUGUUGGUUUGCAUGUUGCUCUUCUAAGAUAAGGUUUGGAUACUGCAGCAGUGUCUACUCUGCAGCGAUGAUGUCCACGCAAACCCUGACCCGCCAUCCAGAAGGGAACCGACGGCUGCAUUGUCCUCUCUACGGGUGCAAACGCGUUUUCACGGACACGGUGGCCCUCGAAAGUCAUAUCAAAGACCAUGAGAUUCCUGCUGAGUCUAUCCCAGGUAAAAUCCUGCUCUGUUCCUCGAUCGGCUGCAGUGACUCUUUUCCUGACAUGCAACAACUGAUGCAGCACAUGAGGCACCAUCACAAACCAAAUAUCUUCUUCCUGUGUGAGAGCUGCCGUGCCAAACUGCGCUCGCACCGCGGUCUUCUCUUGCACCUGCACACCUGCUCCAAGGUGUCUCGGGCCAAGCUGAAGACGGAGCAGACGCAGGGCCCCCCGGCCCCCGAGGGCCCAACAGGGUACCCCGCUGCCGCCGGGGAGGACUGGAGCCAGGAGCAGGGGACCCCCCAGGGAGAGUCAGCGACGGGCCACACGCAGGCCCCCUCUCACAGCCAGCAGGCCAGCGCCCCCCCCUCACACCAGAGCCCUCUCAAGGACUCUCAGGAGACACCUUCCUACCAGCAGCUCCAGAACUUCAGCCGGCCGUCUUUGACAUGUAAUGAUGGCGACAUGCUGACCGCUGACCCGCUUCAGUUUGAUGGCCAGACUGAGAACCAGGGCCAGUUCCAAGCCCAAGCACAGGGCCAGCUCCAAUCUCAGUACCAGGGCCAGUUCCAAGCCCAGGGCCAGUUCCAAGCCCAAGCACAGGGCCAGGGUCAGUUCCAAUCUCAGCACCAGGGCCAGUUCCAAGCACCACCGGAGCACCAGCCUCAGUACCAAGCCCACCCCCAGCACCAGUUCCAAGCCCCGUCGCAGCAUCAGGUCCAGUUCCAAGCCCAGCCGCAGCACCAGGGCCAGGUUGAAGCCCAGCACCAGGUCCAAGCCCCGCCUCAGCCCCCCACGUCCUCUGCAGCAGUUUGGAAGAAGAAUCAAGGAUCGCCUGGCAAUAGCCGCAUCCUGUGGGAGCACACCAGGGGGCGCUACCGCUGCGUGCAGUGCAGCCUCGUCUUACCCAACCGGAAAGCGAUGACCGCACACAUCCACACGGAGCACAAGACCCCCGCGGAGACCCCUCAGUACCAAGCCCACCCCCAGCACCAGUUCCAAGCCCCGUCGCAGCAUCAGGUCCAGUUCCAAGCCCAGCCGCAGCACCAGGGCCAGGUUGAAGCCCAGCACCAGGUCCAAGCCCCGCCUCAGCCCCCCACGUCCUCUGCAGCAGUUUGGAAGAAGAAUCAAGGAUCGCCUGGCAAUAGCCGCAUCCUGUGGGAGCACACCAGGGGGCGCUACCGCUGCGUGCAGUGCAGCCUCGUCUUACCCAACCGGAAAGCGAUGACCGCACACAUCCACACGGAGCACAAGACCCCCGCGGAGACCUAGACCCUUAGUCAUGUGACUGCUGAAGGAACGCGGGUCUCAUUAGCACUACCCCCCUCUCUGCUGAUCUUGUCUGGAGAAAUGAUGGAACAUGGCUUUUUUUUUUUUUUAAAUACAUUUUUAUGUAAAUACGUAUAGCAUUAUAAUUUGUCAAAUGACAAGGAUCCUGAAGCAAGUCCCGCCGUGUGUGGUGUUGUAUAAUCAGAUAAAGGGUGCUUUUGGGGUAGAUAGAUGAUUUCAGUGUGAUGUGUGUUAGAUGUCAGCUUUCAGUCAAAUACUCCGAGAAGAUCUGCUCUGUUGAAGCCAAGGGCCACAAAUUUCUUUAACCUCAGAUUUUCUUGGUACCGUAUAGCAAUGAGGCAGUUUCUGAUUCACAUCAGAAUGCUUCCACAUUGAAUGUCAUCGAACACUGGAAAAAAAUUACUAAUAAAACAGAAGACAUUUUUAAAAAAGCAUAAUUUUGUAUUUUUAUUUUGCUCAUUCUGAAUAAGUUCAUACAAGCAUUCAACUACUGUGAGAAGGCCAGGAGAUAUGGUCAUCCAUCCUCCUCUCCUGUGAGGAGCCCCCUUUAUUUGAACAUCCACAGAACCUUUAGCAUUAACUUCACAGCCAGGGGCCAAACAGUGGUGUUUCAGGGAUGACAAAAGUGUGUACAUGACCACAGGAGGUCUCCGCGUACCUAUCCAAUGUUACACACUAACACAUGCAGAAUUAGACAUUGCUUUAUGCAAACCAAAGCAGAAGAACCAUCACAUCUCGGUGGAAGGUCACGUUAAACAUCGUAAAGGGAAGACCGAUUGGGGAGGAGACACGUAUUGACCAGUCAGUGAGAGCGCACGCUGUAGGAGAAACGCCUGGCAGCUUUUAACAUUUAGUGCCGUUUAGGUUUUAAAUUAGGUUAUUCGCUAUGAAAAUAACAGAAAGAUGCAGCAGACCUUGAUGUAAACGAAUGCAACAUUGUUAAUUCCAUAAUGGCAGACAUUAACACAAAUAAUAAUAAAUCAACUUCGACAAGUGCUUCGAAAUAUUGGUUGCCCUCCAUUCAACCCCAGCUCAGGAAUACGUUAUCAGUUAUUUUAUAUCAAUACAAUUAGAGUCUACCUGAUCAGAUCCUUCUAGACUUAAAAAAAUCUCUUUUGGUCAAUGGCAUACGUCUUUCCUGCAGGAA